AUGUCGACACUGAAGAAAAUUCGACAAGAAUCUAAAAACCAAUCUGGAGAAAAGCACAAGGUGGAUCAGGAAUUAAUAAGUGAGCGACCAAUUACGACCGUCACGCGAACCCACCGCAGAACACUCCUGCACCCCGUCGCCAACUAUAACAACCUACAAUAACCUGGGAUAUUAUCUGAUGAUAUUAGGUCCGUGACGCGUUUGCAUUUACUUCUUGCAUACAACGUUAACCAACUCCACCAACGUUUCAUAUGUUCGGACAAACACUGAGCAUCACAUGAAAUUCCAACUGCCAUGCACUGCAAGUUUUAUUUCUCCGUCAGGUUUAGCGUUCCCAUCAGGUCAACUACCAGUUCCACUAAACCACCUUUAUCGCCAAUCUAAUAGUCGAUUUCAGACCAUUUUCAUGAAAAGUCAAUCCAGACGAAACAAAGCAAUACCACUUCCCUGUCUGCUUUUUAUCCUCACAUACACUGCAAACUUAAUCUCCAUUCCUGCUCAGUAUCGACCUGGCUACUUUUGGCUGUUGUCGGUCUCAUCGGUGGAUUUCUUGUGCCCGCUCUUUGGAGUGGACUGAGAGCUCGACAUCUUUCCGAGGAAGAAGAACUGGCAGUCUGGGCCAGUUUCCAAAACAUCGACAACCCCCUUACUCCGUGGCCUGAACUCUACGCGCAGUGAGUUUACUAAUGAGGCCGUAAACAUCCAGACUUGGUUUAACACACAGCAUGCACUCGCAAAGACUUGUCUGCAAAGAUGAGGACAACAGCAUGAGAAUUCUCGACAUAGUUGACGACAUCGGCCAGCACGAUGACCUCGAUUUCGGAUCUAAUGCUCUCGUCCGGGUUAAGAGCACGCCAGUAUGACGACAACAAAUAAAUCAGGGAGAACCGUGCUUCUUUAUUACUGAUCACGCGCAAUCAUGCAAACAUCUGUGAGGGUUUUAGAUCCGGAGCCUCUGGGAGAAACAAGAAGACAGAUUCUUGUUUGAAAUCACAGUACUUCCGCACUAUCCACACCCAUAGAACUUGAAAAGGCUGUCUUCUAAUCAAGUUCCUCCAACAGUCUUUCGCUAUAUGCUGAAGAUAUUUAAGCCUCAGCUAUUGCUGCACUAUGGGUAGAUUCUUGGGGGUUUUGGAAAUGUGCCUAAUUUAAAUUAAAGCAUGCGAACUAAACUUCGAUGUCAGGAAAGCACUAAGCAUCCACAAGCGCAUACUCCUGCUCAUUUGACAAAUAAAACAGUACGAAUGCACCUGUUGCGCAAUCGAAGGCUAGCUACUACUCCAGAUGGAGUAGCCUUGAGUGUAAAGUAAGCUGCCCGCUGCACAGUCAUUUUAUACUCGCUCACUCGAAUCACCAGCUCUAACUCUCACUGAACUGUAUGUCCUCAGGAACAGUCAGCGCACCACAUGCCGUAAACAACACUGGUCUGACCACCUAGACACAUGUGAUUCGUCCAUGUACUGUAGACACCGGCUGGUGUGUGGCGUCGAUCCUCAAGUCACGGACGAGGUUUUCUGUGACCUAUGAUGUUGCCUAAUGCAUCGCAUAUCCUGGUAUCUGCCUCGUCUUCAACGACAGCCACUUCCCUCCGGAGAUAUCACAGGCAUCUAAUAAUGAAGGUUCGGAGGUUAGCCAUUCCCUCUGAAAUAGUCACGCAGAAAGCUGACACAGAGGCUACUUUACCCCUGUAUCUUCAAUUCAGUACGUAUUCUCCCACACAGAACCCUUGUGCAGCCGCGUUCGUCUGCCAACGCGUGGUUAUGGUGUGAAGUUGAAGAGUUGAGUUGCAUUCUACUGUUUCCACUUCUCCAUCACCUUUAAUUGAAGACAUCUUGGGAGACGUACCUUUCAUUAUUUCGUUACUGUUGUUGUUUGGGACUAUAUUUAGAGAGUGCUAUCGUUGUGUGUGCAUUCAAUAUCUGUGUGUUUCAAUGUUUGUUUUAGCGAAUUAGACUUGCGUUAUUCGCCGCGACUUAGUGAAGGCAAAGUCGGACUGGCCGAAGUGCGACGCGCCCUUCAGUUGACACGGAAGGUCACAAGAGUGGGAUUGGCUUUGGGUAUUGUGUGGUAUCUACUCUUUUGGCCGUUGCUCACCUUCUCAUCCAAUUUUCUCUCCUUUUACAAUUUCUAUAUUUCGGUAAGCCCCAAAUCUAUAUGUACUGCAGAAAAUAGUUCAAUAUCCCAAUCAUCCUUCAUUUAGCCAAUAAUUCCUUCCCUUAUUCGUCAACUUGUUAACCUUUUUCACUUUAAUGUGCUUUUUAUGAAAUCCUUGAAAGCUUCCAUUUUCCAAGGAAAGCUUCUCUGGCCUUCUUAGACGGUGGGCCGGUCGACAAUUUAUCAAAUGUCUAAUGGAAGAACUGUUGCUAAUUUUUCAAACUGCGACUUUUGAAGCGUAUUUUCUCUACCUGUUUAAGCGGUACUUGACUGAUAUUAAGAUUUCCUUCAUUUUCUAAUCACUAAUUUCAGACAUUCCAUACCCCCUUCGUCAAACAGCCUCACGAAAUCGUUCAACACUUUUAUUUACUCUCAUAGCUGUCAAUCCGCCAUAUGAAAUCAGUUCGGGAAACUUUCUACAAUAAAUUAACAUUGUGCAGCUAACAAAUGAAGGAUAUCUGUCUUUCUGUAUGAGUAAUUGACAAUGUCUCCAGGAAAAACGUGCGCAGUGUCGGGUUGUAAAAUGGAAAUUAAGAAGUCUGCAUAGGAGUUUCAAAGUAAACAGGGUCAUCACUGCUUCGUCUUACGAGUUGUUGUUUUCGGUUACUGGCACUUCCAUAUGAUUUACGUAAGCUGUUUUACGAUUUCAAAAGAUUGGUUGCAUCGUUAACUAGACACUAAACAGAAACUGGGUUCCAACUUCAUCUAUUCCCGAUGUACGUUGAGUUAUGGCCGCAAAUUGCGUCCAAAAGGUGGGAUAAAUAGGUCACGGGAACAGGAAAUCCACACAUAUUGCAGGUGUCCUAGCGUUGUCUAGGGUUAGGGUUAGAGUAAAUGUUAAAAUUAAAUCUAGGUUUAGGACAGGGAAAAGGAUGACCUUCAUGGAAUUUAUCAUAAGACCAUCUUUUUUUACGGUGGUUGGCUCUUAUCCGUGCGUAUUACCUCCGGCAAUAUUUCAUUAAGUUGCAUGGUAUUUCAUUACAUUAUAUGCGGUUGUUAUGUCCGUUCUCUUCUAAACUUCUUCGAUUCAUCCGUUUGCUACUUGGGACUGCUUAACUAACCAGUCUUGUUGAGCAGUCGUCCCCCGAUUUAGUAGAAGCAACGUUGCGUGCAUAACCAGAGACUUGUUUUCAGUCAGCAGAAGUCGUUAUUUUGGCGCUGAUACGUCAACAACACUUUUCGUGUCACCAAAAAGAUCUACUGCCGAAUUUCCGUAGCCGGUUUAACGCGAUGCUCCCAGUUAUACAAUUCAUAUAUGCAGAGGAAAAGGAGAAAUAGUUCCCCUUUCCUGCUGUACCAUCAGACGAGAUCCCACAAAGUGAGACAAUGGUUUGUAAUAAGACAACAAAGGCUCUAUGAACGGGCUCAAUCUCAAUUCAGCAACUUGGAAGAGAGAGAGGGAGUGCGCGAGAUCUGAUACCUGCGCAAUUGCCUCAUGUGUAUUGGUUAGCAGAAAGUCUUUAUAGACUAUCGACCACAUAUUCGCUUCCAGAGGACUAUGAGAGAAACCCUGUCGAAGAUAUGACAUGCUUUUCGUGAAUAAAGGGUAUUUCAGAGGCCGCGAGCGCACUACUGCGGGACUAUAUGUUGGAAAUGCACACCAACAAAAAGCUACCAUGCACAACCGGGAGUCAUGAUUACAGUAGACCAGCGGGUAAUCUAUUGCAGUUUAUCAUAUCUCCUGUCUCAACUGUUCUUAUACUCACAUAGAUCAGACAGAAAGUGAGCUUGGACCGUGCGUAUACGAGUAUAAGCUGGUCGUGUGACUGGAUGAUGAUUGAUCCGUAGUGACUGCGCACACUUUCGAAACUGGUCAUGAAUUCGAUCUAACCCUUGCUGAAACAUUGUGGUCUUGCGCCCGCAUCUGAGUCCUGUGUAGCCAUCAUCAGCCUCGAAAUGUACAACCUCCAACGUUCAUACGCCGACGAUUCGCAUUUUGGCCAUCAUACCUCAUCAGGCUCGUUAAUUACUGAAUUCACUUUUGUGGCGGUUAACCGAUUUCAGUCUUGGAUUUAAGAUACCCUCUUUCUAAGUAAACUAACGAGGUCAGCAUGAAGAUUUUUAGACCUCCAACGUCUGUCAUCGCCUUCCAUAUUCGGCCCAAAAUGUGCCCCAAAAUGCAGUCGUUUUCAUCGCUGUCUUGUUUUUGUCCGCGGCUCAUUUUCUUCUGAACAAAGUCCCGCACUUGAUAACUUUAUUCACCUUCUUUCUCCGCCAGAUAAUAGCUAUUGAGGCGUGGAAUGUUAUGGUUCUCCUAGUCUGCCUCUUUAUGCCAAUACGCAUGGCUCUGCUUAAGUUUUUGCCGUCAGGCGAUGGUGAGGGCUACGAGAACGUAAAGCCGGAAAAAUUUAUCCCAAGACGGCAUGCUGUAACAUUCUCCCUGUCCUUGGCUAUAUUUUAG